AUGGCUUCCUCUUGCAAUCUCUUCUCCAUUGUCCUCUCCGUCGCUGCUCUCUCCUUCUCUUGCAUGAUCGACAGUGGUCUAGCCGCCCGCCAUCUCCUCCAACAACAGCUGCCUCAACCAUUACCUCAGAUGCCACCACUGCCGCAGAUUCCAAACCCUACAAUGGGACUGCCCCCUUUGCCAUCUUCAUUCCCACAGAUUCCUAAGAUGCCUACUAUCCCUACAACGGGAUUGCCCCCCUUGCCAUCUUCGCUGCCACAACCUUCACUUCCAACUCUUCCCACCGCCCAACCUUCUCUCCCGACCAUUCCAACCGCUCUGCCUCCGCUUCCAAAGGUGACUUUGCCUCCUUUCCCGACCACAAUGCCUUCUCUUCCUACUAAUUUCCCUUCCAUCCCCUUCCUCUCCCCACCUCCUUCAACCUCCACGUCUAGUCCUUGA